AUCUCAAGUGGCGCGAGGCCGCGAGCAAUACAUCCUAGAGAAGGACACCACGCCUCGUUUUUCUCGUCAGCUCGAUCCAUCAUACUAUUUCAUCUCCACACUCCACCGUUCUGCUUACCCGCAUGGCGGCGGCGGCAGCGCAAGGCGCGGGACCGCUGUACAAGGACGCGUCGGCGCCGGUUGAGACUCGCGUGCGGGACCUGCUGGGCCGGAUGACGCUGCGCGAGAAGGCGGCCCAGAUGGCCCAGAUCGAGCGCACCGUCGCGUCUCCCCGCGCCCUGGCGGAGCUCGCCGCCGGCAGCGUCCUCAACGCCGGCGGAAGCGCUCCUCGCGACUGCGCCUCCCCCGCCGACUGGGCCCACAUGGUCGACGACAUGCAGCGCCUCGCCCUCUCGUCCCGCCUCGCCGUCCCAAUCCUCUACGGCACCGACGCCGUCCACGGGCACAACAACGUCUUCGGCGCCACCGUCUUCCCCCACAACGUCGGCCUUGGAGCUUCCAGGGAUCCGGAGCUUGUGCGUAAGAUCGGCGUGGUGACGGCGCUCGAGGUCCGCGCCACCGGCAUCCACUGGGCCUUUGCGCCUUGCCUCGCCGUUUGUAGGGAUCCUAGGUGGGGGAGAUGCUACGAGAGCUACAGCGAGGACCCAGAGACCGUGCGCUCGUUGACCACCAUUGUCACCGGCCUGCAAGGCCAGCCACCAGGAGAUCAUCCUCAUGGUUAUCCUUUCCUCGCUUCCGUUAGGGAGAAUGUCCUUGCUUGCCCCAAGCAUUUUGUAGGGGAUGGUGGCACUGACAAGGGGAUCAAUGAGGGGAACGCCAUUUGCUCGCAAGAAGAUUUGGAAGCGAUCCAUAUGAGACCUUACCCUGAUUGUAUAACUCAAGGAGCAGCAACGGUCAUGGCAUCCUACUCUCAUUGGAAUGGGGAACCAUUACAUUCAAGCCACUAUUUGCUCACAGAUGUUUUAAAGGGAAAGUUAGGCUUCAAGGGUUUUGUGGUGUCUGACUGGGAGGGUAUUGACAGGCUCUGUGAGCCUCGAGGAUCUGAUUAUCGUUAUUGCAUUGCACAGUCAGUUAAUGCUGGAAUGGAUAUGGUAUUAGUUUUCAAGUUCUCAUAUAUAAAGUAUAUUCUGCAGAUACCAGUUCUUUUGCAUUUGCUGACCAAUCUGCAGAUUAUGAUACCUCACAGGUUUGAGAAAUUCUUGGAAGAUCUCGUGUUCUUGGUGGAGGCAGGGGAGAUACCAAUGUCACGGAUUGAUGAUGCUGUUGAGCGCAUUCUAAGGGUUAAGUUCAUAUCUGGAGUGUUUGAGCAUCCAUUUUCAGACCCGUCUCUACUAGACAUAAUUGGCUGCAAGGAGCAUCGGCUGCUGGCACGUGAAGCUGUUCGAAAGUCUUUGGUACUUCUGAAAAAUGGAAAGAAUCAGAAAGAAACUUUUCUUCCGUUGCCCAAAAAUGCAAAAAGAAUACUCGUUGCAGGGACACAUGCUGAUAAUAUUGGAUAUCAGUGCGGUGGGUGGACAAUAGCUUGGCAUGGAAACAGCGGACGGAUCACUCUUGGUACAAGCAUAUUGGAAGCCAUACAAGAAUCUGUGGGAGUGGAAACUGAAGUUAUGCAUGAGGAAUGCCCAACAGAAGCUACCAUUGAUACUGGGGAAUUUGCCUAUGCAGUUGUGGUAGUUGGCGAGGUUCCAUAUGCUGAAGGGUUGGGAGAUAGAAGUGACCUUAGCAUUCCAUUUAAUGGUUCCGACCUGAUUACUCGUGUUGCUAGUAAAAUCCCUACCCUAGUGAUUGUUAUAUCUGGAAGGCCCUUGGUUAUUGAGCCGCAAGUUCUGGAGAAGGUAGAUGCUCUAGUUGCUGCCUGGCUACCUGGAAGUGAGGGGAUGGGGAUUACUGAUUGCCUCUUUGGAGAUUAUGAUUUUGUGGGCACAUUGCCUGUAACUUGGUUUAGGUCUGCCGAUCAAUUGCCUAUAAAUGUUGGAGGUGCUAACUAUGAUCCCUUAUUCCCUCUGGGAUAUGGGUUGAAAAUUUUCAAAAGUGAUGUAGAGUUAGCACAAUCUCAUCAUUGAUUUGGUUAUACACUCGAAUCAUUGGAAUAAUGUUACAUAUUUUGUACCUGUUGAGUAUUGGGUUAUGUAAAAGAGAAAUAUUGUCUUGUUGCAGAGUAUAUAAGGUGUUCAAGACAUAUUUCUUAUAUA